GUAAUAUAUUUAAAUUUUCACUCUAUUUUAUUAAUAUUUAACACAAUUAAUUAACUUUUUAUAAUUAUUUCUGCGUCGAUGGAUAUUAUUCGAGAUUUAUUGAAAGAUGUUUCUUGACGUCUACCGAAAUAUCAGUAGCACGUCGUAGAUUGAGAAAAUGGUGCUGAACAAGCUACUAGAAAACGCAAAUCCUUUAAUAUAUUCCACUUUAACUGAAAGACAGACGACCAAACAGGAAGAGGAUGAAAGUAUAACGGACGAUUUCGAUUCUAGGGAAAUAUUUGAUAUGAUAAGAGGCAUAAACGAUCCGGAACAUCCAUUAACUUUAGAGGAACUAAAUGUCAUAGAAGAAAGCAAAGUGAAGGUCGACAAUGCAAAUAAUAGCGUCGCGGUAGAAUUUACGCCUACGAUACCCCACUGUAGUAUGGCCACACUGAUCGGGUUGGCGAUCAGAGUGAAGCUGCUGAGGGCGUUACCCGAAAGAUUUAAGGUUGACGUGUACAUUUCUCCCGGAACUCAUGCUUCGGAAGAUGCAGUUAACAAACAACUUGCAGACAAGGAGAGGGUUGCCGCCGCUCUGGAAAAUUCUUACCUGUUGGAAGUCGUAAAUCAGUGUCUCUCCUCCAAGCGGUGAUUUCUCCUAGCGUGUAUUCUUAAACAUUGUAUAUUUAUCAAUAAAAAAUAGUAUUUAAGGAUUAAAA